AUGUUGAUAUUAUAUGUUCUAUUGACUGCAUGCUUGCACUGCACAGCAGAACCCUGGCAGCCAUUUCAUGGUCGCCAAGCACUCCUGCCAAUGAUGCAGCAACAGCAACAGCAACAACAACAACAGCAACAACAACAGCACCAGCACUCGCCCCACCAGCAGAUGCAGUCGCAGCAGCAGCAGCAACAGCAGUUGCAGCAAGGGUACCCUCACCACAUGCCCAUGCACCAACAAGUAGUAUCACCACAACUCCACCAAAUGCAUGCCAGCCAUCACCACCAACCACAGCAGCAGCAGCAACAGCAACCACAACAACAAGCGCAGCAGCAGCAAGUUCAACGGACGCAGCAUUUGUCGCACCAGUUGUCUCCUCAAUUGGAUUUGCAUUCGAGUAACCUGACGCCUCAGCAGCAGCAAUAUCUCCUCCAACAGCAGCAGCAAUACCAAUACCAACAACAACAGUUAUACUUGCAGCAGCAACAACAGCAGCCUCAGCCUCAGCAACAACCGCAACAACCGCAGCAGCAGCCUCAGCACUUUGGAUACGGUUCACCUGUUGUCCAAUACACGAGCCCGACGAUUCCCUACAGCCAGUCAUUGCAGUACGAACCGUCCACCUCCUACGCUAUGGAUUCAUCGCAUUUGACCUCGCCUUUGACAUCUCCACCCAUGUCCUCGGCGCAGGUGAUGGCACUGGCACAGGUACAGCAAGCGCAGCAGGCCCAGCAAGCACAGGAGCUUGCCAGGCAGCAGGCACAGGCUAGAGCUCAGGCACAAGCUCAAGCGCAAGCACAAGCACAAGCACAGGAACUGGUGAGGCAGCAGGCGCAGGCACAAGCACAAGCUCAGGCGAAGGCACAAGCCCAGGCAAAGGCACAAGCACAAGCGCAAGCUCAAGCUCAAACCCAAGCGCAGGCACAAGCACAGGAACUGGCAAGGCAGCAGGCACUGGCUCAAGCGCAAGCUCAGGCACAGGCCCAACAAGCACAGCAAGUCAAGCUCCAGGCCCAGCAGCAAGUGCACAUCAUGGCUCAUCCUCAGCAUCCUCAGCAACAACAGCCACUCCAACACAACCAGCAUGUCCAUCAACAACAGCAGCAGCAGCAGCAGUACCAGCAGCAACAUCAACAGCAUCAGCAACACCAGCAGCAGUAUCAACCGCAGCAACAACUGCUUCAGGCGCAUAUGCCAUCUGCCGUCCAUCAAAACACCUACAGCCAAUUGCCAGCACAUCUCCAACAGCAGUUCUCGGUCAAUGGACAUGGAAUCGCAGCUCCGAUGGCGCCACCCCAACAAGUAAUGGCUCAAGUUCAGGCUCUGGCCCCUGUUGCUGCCAAGCCACCACGACAGACAUCGACACGAGGACGAGGAGCCAAAGCCACCGCGGCAUCGACCAGGAAACCUUCUGCAAGAGCGUCAGCCCAACAACCAAAAGGACCUGCCUCUGGUUAUGCUAGCGAUGAUCUUUCAGGCUCCGAUUCUGGAUCGUCGAGUUCAGGUGGGGAUGGAUCAUCCUCCGGUUCCGAAUCCGAUUCUGAAGAGUCCGACCUCGAGUUCAAGGGCAAGACGCCUCCACCUGCCAAGAAGGCCGUCGGCAGGAAAAAGAAGGUCGCUAAGCCUGGAGGCAACGCGUCUCAUUGGGCUGUCCCUUACGACCCUGUACUGGUCCCCAUGGGAAGCAAGACUCUGGAAAAGAUUCUGGCCUGGAGAACGCAUGAAGGCAAGGAGGAACUCUUGAUCAAGUACAAGUUCUCGAGUUAUCUUCAUGUUGAUUGGGUCCCCAGGAAGCGCAUUGAGGACGGCGAGCAUUUGGGCAAGAACCGCGUCAAGAAGUUCAUGGAGAAGAAUGGACAGCAGGCGGACUAUGAGUUUUUCAACCCAUCGUUCGUAAAGAUUGACCGUAUCAUUGAUGAAGGAGAAUUGGCGACUCCCAACGGCGAAGUGCAGAUCUUCUUCUUGGUCAAGUGGUGCAACACCCCCUAUGAAGGUUCGACUUGGGAGCUCCGAGAUGAGAUUCUGAAAAUCGACGCUACCAAGGUGCACGAGUUCUACUCGCGCAAGAUCAUCCCCGAUGCGACUGAGGCACGACAGCUUCCCCGCCCACCUCGUGGAGCGUUCCGCAAGCUGAAGGAAUCACCCCAGUUCAAGCAUGGCAAUCAGCUUCGUCAAUAUCAGAUGGAAGGACUCAACUGGCUUCUUGACUGUUGGUUCAACGAUCAGGCUUGUAUCAUGGCUGACGAGAUGGGUCUCGGAAAGACAGUUCAGUCGGUCACCUUUUUGAACGAGAUCCACAACACUUAUCACAUCCGAGGACCCUUCCUGGUCAUUGCGCCGCUGUCGACGAUCCCACAUUGGCACCGCGAGUUUGAGGCUUGGACAGACAUGAACGUGAUCGUGUACCACGGCAACUCGCCUUCAAGAAACUUGAUUGUCGACACCGAGUUUUACUACAAGGACGCCCAGGGUCAAAUUGUUCCUGGUCUGUACAAGUUUGACGUUUUGAUCACGACCUACGAAAUGAUCGUGGCAGCGUCUGCACAGCUCAAACCUAUCGCAUGGAGAGCCAUCGUUGUCGAUGAGGCCCACAGACUGAAGAACUCUGCCUCUAAAGUGUCGGAGAUCUUGAAGACGUACAACUUGGAGCACCGUGUUCUUCUGACAGGAACCCCUCUUCAGAACUCGUUGGACGAGCUCUUUGCUUUGCUGAACUUCUUGGAGCCUAAUCGUUUUGUUAACGAGAAGGUGUUCUUGGCAGAGUACGGCAACUUGAAGACGGCAGCCGAGGUCGACAGGCUCCAGCAACUUCUGAAGCCUCUGAUGUUGAGACGCUUUAAGGAGGACGUGGAAAAGUCUAUUCCAGUCAAAGAGGAGACCAUUAUCGAAGUCGAGCUGACGACCACCCAGAAGGCUUUCUACAGAGCUAUCCUCGAGAAGAACUUUGGAUUCCUCAAGAAGGGCGGAUCUGCCGGACCCAGUCUUAUCAACGUCAUGAUGGAGCUCCGCAAGUGCUGUAUCCAUCCAUACUUGAUUCAAGGCGCCGAGGACAGGAUUGUUGCCGAAAGGAACGCCAUCUCGCCUGAGGCGCAGUACCAGUGCCUAAUUGAGGCCUCCGGAAAGCUGGUCCUGAUUGAUAAGUUGCUGAAGAAACUGAAGGAAGGCGGACACAAGGUUUUGAUCUUUUCGCAGAUGACACGGUGCCUGGAUCUCCUGCAGGAUUACCUUCGCGGCCGUGCUUAUCCUUACGAGCGCAUUGACGGAUCCAUUCGAGGAGACAUGCGUCAGGCUGCCAUCGAUCGUUUCUCGACAUCGCCGGACUCUUUCGUGUUCUUGCUCUGUACCCGUGCUGGAGGAGUGGGAAUCAACUUGACGGCCGCCGACACUGUCGUUAUCUUUGACAGUGAUUGGAACCCUCAGAACGAUCUUCAGGCGACAGCUCGUUGUCAUCGUAUUGGACAGACCAAGCCAGUUCAGAUCUACCGACUGGUCACCAGGAACACAUACGAGAAAGAGAUGUUUGAUCGUGCCAGUAUCAAGCUCGGUCUGGACAAGGCUGUCUUGCAAAAGAUGGACGUGAUGCCCAGCUCAGACGACCUUUCGGACAUGCCCAAGCCCCCGUCAUCGCUCAGCAAGAAGGAGGUCGAGGAGCUGUUGAAGAAGGGAGCCUACGGAGCACUUCUGGAUGACGACGAGACUAGUGCUAGGUUCUGUGAGGAAGAUAUCGAUCAGAUUCUGGAACGCCGCACCACCGUCAUUAAGCAUACCGGCAACGAGAAGGGCUCUGUGUUCUCCAAGGCGACAUUCUCGUCCACCCCAAGUGGUGAGGAGGUCGACGUGAACGAUCCGCAGUUCUGGGACAAGUGGGCUGAACGUGCGAAGGUCGACAUUAUGGAUAUUACUGCCAAGGACCAGCUCAUCAUCAAUGCACCCCGUAGUCGUCGUCAGGUUCAGCGAUUCGGCAAGGAACAGGAAGAAUCCGAUUCCGACGACAAGGACUAUGUCUCUGACCCCGAUUUCGAGGAUGCCAACCCUGGAGAGAAGGUCGAAAAGGAUAACUUCAAGAAGCGUGAGGCGCCUCGCCCUUGGAGCAUGGCCGAGAAGCUGAUGUUCGAGCGCAAGCUGAUGAUUUACGGCUACGGCCGCUGGGACCAGAUGCAGGUGUUUUUCCCCCGUCGUUCAGAGAAGGACUUGAACGCCGUCGGUCGCUGUAUGGUCCAACAGAUUAUGCGCGACAUGGCUUCAGGAUCAGAGGAUGACCACAAGUUGAUUGGUGAACUUGAGGCAGUUCUGCAGGAGAGCGACAAUGCCAACGGAUUCGAACCGGUCUCCGCCAAUGAUGUUCCCUAUGACAAGGCCAGCAAGAAGUCCACGAUCGAGUUCCGUUCAUUCUUGCUCAACGCCACUCAGGAGUACAUUGACCACAUCCGCAAGAAGGGCCGCAACUUGGUGCUCAGAGUCCAGCUGAUCCACACAAUCCGCAACUUGAUCCCCAGAGACUGGGAGGUCGCCAAGCAGAUGGUAAUCCCACAUGUUGCCGGAGUUCCCCCAGCAACCUGGUGGGGUGAGGACGAGGAUCGUGAUCUGAUGUUGGCAAUCAUCAAGUACGGAUACCUUGUUACUGAGCCCCAGUACGAGGCUGUCCGCAACGACCCCGAAUUCUGUUUCUAUGGACGCAAGUACGAUUUCCGCGCUAGCAACGACGGCGGCGACGACGAUGAUGGCGAGGGAACUACCAGCCGCCGGUCCGGUCACACCAGCUACAGCGCCGAUCAGGGGGAUGAUGAGGCAUUGCCCUGGCCCUCAAAGUCUGACAUUGGUCUUCGUCUGCGAAGGAUCAUGUCGGCAUUGCAACGCCACAACCAGAUUGAGCUUCGCAAGUCCAACUUGGUUGAGAAGGACAAGACCAAGGAGAAGCUGCGCCAGGACCGCCAGCGCCAACGUGAAGAGGCCGCUCAGGAAAAGAAGCUUCAGAAGGAGUUGGAGGUGGCCUCACGGUGGACAAAGAAGGACAAGGCGGACUUUUACAGGACGAUCACUUCUUUCGGCGUGGUCAGACUCAGGAACGGAUCGAAACCCGGCUUGCUCGGCAGUCGGUCACGCACAGCAUCUUCGAACGCCGGAUAUCAUCCCAGCCACUCUUCCAGUUCUCGACGACACUCGCGUCAUCACACUGCUUCGACGUUGACAGUGCAUCACGACUGGACCCGGUUCAAGGAGCUCGCAGGAUUGGCGAAGAAGCCUGAUGAAGUUAUGGAGGAGUACUAUAACCAUGUCAUGAAGAUCUCUCAGCAGGUCGUUGACAAGCAGAACACUCAGCCUGGCCGUCACUCCAGGGAAUCCAGCCUUGCCUCAAACAACCGCCACGAUGCUGAGGAUGGCAUCAAGGAUGAGGACAAGGAGGACAAGGAGGACAAGGACGAGGAGAAGGAGGAUCGCGAUGAUGCUGGAGACGGCCUUCCUUUGGACAGAGCCAAACGUAUUCUGAAGAGAGUCGAGCUCAUGAACAUUAUCCGUGAUGACGUUCUGACCAACCCUAUGUUGGACGAUCUUCUUGCGGCUGCACGUCGCUCGCCUGGAUUGCCAAGCUGGUGGAAGCUUGGCGUCCACGACCGUCCUUUCCUGGAGGGUCUUGCCAAGCAUGGCAUCAACCGACAGGAUCUGAUUGUUGGCGACGAGGACCUGCCCUUUGCCAAGAUCAGCCAGACGCUCACCAUUUUGCGACAGGAUUUCAAGGCCGCCGAGGCCGCAGCUGCAGCAGAACGUGGUGAAAUGGAGGUCGACCAGCCUCCUCUGAACGGUGAUGUUAAGUCAGAGUUGACCGUCGAUGGCAUCAAGGAGGAAAAGGAACAAACCCCAGCGAUCACCUUGGAGGCCAUGGACGGAGUCGUCGCGGAGCAGAGCGCCGAGGCACCCAGCUCUGUAGACCAGCCCAAGGUGGAGAGCUCUUCGACAGAGGUUGUCAUGGGUAGUGUGGAGGACGUUGCACCCAAGGUGAAUGGUGAUGCUACUCUGCCACCCACUGACCACAUGGCUCUUGACACUAACUUGGAUCAGACCAACGGAUCUGCGAUGGAGAUUACGCCUGAGGCUGUCAAGGAAGAGACCCCUGUCACUGACUCCGUCGACACUGUCCUUCCCAAGACAGAGAAUGACGAAGAAUCUCCCAGCACCCACGACCCCUCAGUACUGGCCGCCGAGACCAAGACAGAAGAAGGAGCCAAUGCCCUUCCUGCCCCCAAGGUUCCAGCAGCUCCAGCAGAGCCCGAAGAAUUUGUUUGGCCCAAGGAGGCGGUUGUGCUUCGUCGUAUGGACCACUUGAUCGACAUUGUGUUGAACCCCAAGCCGGCGACAAAGAAGAAACUUCUUCGCAACCAAGCAGCUCAGCUUGCCCUCAACAACUCGCUUGCGGCCAGCAGGAACAAGAAGAAGGGGGCCGAUGAAGGAGACUAUAGCGAUUCGGACCGUACCGAGGAUGAUCUUGACCGCCCGACGACAGCUUCGUCAGUCCCUGCCAGCCCUGCCAGCCAGUCUAAGAAGCGGAGCAGGACUUCAACCAAGGAGAGCAAGCAGUUGGUGACGAUUGAAGGAGACGGAGACAACACUUCAGGCGCCAAGAAGACUGGUUUGAAGCUGACGAUCAAGUUGGGCAAGAUGCCUAGCAAGAAGGAAGCCAAGAGGGAUGUCAAGAAGGAGCCCAAAGAGAAAAGGAAGCGGAAGCAGGAAGCCCCAGUACAGGAGUCAGAGCCUAUGGAGGAUGUCGGAGGUUCGAGUGGUAGCGAUACGGACGAGAUGAUGGCCCUUGCCAGCAAGCAGGUCGAGUAUUUGCAACGCAAGAUUUUGGAGAGGAAGAAAUCCAAGGGCGGCAAGUCGUCGUCCUCCUCAAAGGUCUCACCCAAGCCUUCCACUGUACCGUCAUCGUCGUCUCAUCAGCGCAAGCCUUCGACUGCAUCAUUGAAGAAGCAUCGUAGACACCGUUCUUCAUCUUCAGGGUCGGGUUCAUCGUCAUCGUCUGGUUCAGGCUCGUCGUCCUCGUCUGGAUCUUCGUCUUCUGGUUCAUCCUCAGGCUCGGACUCGGACUCAGACUCUUCGCGUUCAAGGUCGAGGUCGCGCUCGUUCUCUGAUUCACACUCGGACUCGGAAGCUCGUCACCGACGUCGCGAUCGGAAAUCAAAGCACAAGAAGUCGCGGCCAUCGUCGUCGUCGUCCAUGAGGAAACGAGACCGUACGCCAGAUCGUCAUCGCGAGAGGGAGAGAGACCGUGAUAGAAGCAGAGACCGUGAUAGGGAGAGAGAGAAGGAACGCGAGCGUGAUCGCCAUCGUCGCGAGAGGGAGCGUGUCAACUCUUCGUCUUCGUCCAAGGCUCGUCAGAGACACCAGACGUACAACGGCGGCAUGGAGAGCUACCACGGAGAUGCGUCGGCGUCUGCAUCACCCAUGUCGAUUGUUUCGAGGAAUGUGACGGGACUGAAGCUAUCCUCGUCUUCGUCGACUCCCCUCCACAAGCGCAAGGUGUCGACACCGCGAUCGGAUGAAGGGAGCAGCUAUCCAAGUAGUGAAGUGAUGAGCCAGGGAGGAGGAGGAUACGACCAGACAUACCAUCAUCAGCCAAGUAAUCACCAGCUGGGCAACGAGUAUGUGGACGAUGACCGGGAGGAAGAUGAUUAUGAUGAGGAAUACGAGGAUGAGGAAGAGGCGUACCGCAAGCGAGCGAAGGCGUAG